AUGGAUACACAACGGUAUAGUGAGAACACAACCACAGAUGGUCUCUCAGUCGUUGACGAAUGCGAAACCACUCGUUGCGACGAUGCUAUGGAGGCCAAUCAUGGUACAGGAGAAUUUCCUAAUACAGAAACUAAAGUUAUGUAUGUCAUCAACAGAAGAGGUGAAAAAGAAGAUGUCUCAUUUGAUAGGAUCUUAAAUAGAAUCAGAAAACUCUCGGCAGGGCUCCAUUCUCUAGUUGAUGCACCUAGAGUUACUCAAAGUGUCAUCAAUGGUAUGUACACUGGAAUACAUACAUCUCAACUUGAUGAAUUGGCUGCACAGACUUGUGCUUAUAUGGCUGUUACACAUCCUGACUAUUCAAGGCUCGCAGCAAAUAUUACUGUCGAUAACUUGCAUAAAAACACCUCUGAUGACUUUUCUGAAGUUGUAAGGACAUUGUACGAGUAUAAGCAUGUCUACAAUACUAACGCUUCUAUGAUCAGCUAUGAUGUCUACAACUUUAUCAUGGAAAAUAAAGAUCGUCUCAAUGCUGAAAUCGAUUAUUCACGUGAUUUUCAGUAUGAUUAUUUCGGAUUUAAAACGCUGGAACGCUCAUAUUUGUUGCGCGCCAACAACAAGAUCGUAGAGCGCCCUCAACACAUGUUAAUGCGUGUCUCUGCUGGUAUUCAUUGUGGUGAUGUUGAACGUACUGUAGAAACGUACCAUUUAAUGAGUCAGAAAUUCUUUACACAUGCAACUCCAACACUCUUCAAUUCAGGAACUAAUCGCCCACAAAUGUCUUCCUGCUUUUUGUUGGAUAUGCAAGAUGAUUCUCUUGCUGGAAUUUUCAACACAUUGACUCAAUGUGCCUUUAUUAGCAAAUCUGCUGGUGGAAUAGGUCUUGCCAUUCACAAAAUACGCGCAAGUGGUUCCUAUAUCAGAGGUACAAAUGGACAAUCUAAUGGUAUUGUUCCAAUGUUGCGUAUCUUCAAUACAACUGCCAAGUAUGUUGAUCAGGGAGGCGGGAAGAGAAGAGGUUCGUUCGCCAUAUAUUUGGAACCAUGGCAUGCGGAUAUCUUUAAAAUGCUUGAUCUACGUAAAAAUCAUGGCUCUGAGGACUUGAGAGCCAGAGAUUUGUUCUAUGCACUUUGGAUCCCUGAUCUAUUCAUGAAGCGUGUUGAAGCUAAUGAAAACUGGACUCUCAUGUGUCCUGAUGAGUGCAGAGGUUUGUAUGAAGUCUGGGGUGAUGAAUUUGAGGCUCUCUAUACUAAAUACGAGCAAGCCGGUAUGGGCCGUAAGACUAUCCCUGCACAGAAGCUAUGGUUUGCAAUCCUACAGAGUCAAAUUGAAACAGGUACACCAUACAUGCUUUACAAGGAUGCUUGCAAUGCAAAGUCCAACCAAAAGAACCUAGGUACUAUCAAAUCUUCGAAUUUAUGCUGUGAAAUUGUACAGUAUACAGACAGCAAGGAAGUUGCUGUCUGUAACUUGGCCUCAAUCGCCCUUCCCAUGUUUGUCAACAAAGAAGAAAAAACCUUUGACUUCAAGAAGCUCUAUAAGAUUGCACGUGUUAUCACAUACAAUUUGAACCAGAUCAUUGAUAGGAACUAUUAUCCAGUUAAGGAGGCAAGAUAUUCCAACUUCCGUCACAGACCAAUUGGAGUUGGAGUUCAAGGUUUAGCUGAUACAUUCAUGUUGUUGCGCUAUCCAUUCGAAUCUGAUGAGGCUAGGGAGUUGAACAAGCGCAUAUUUGAAACCAUCUAUUAUGCAUGCUUGGAUGAAUCCAUUUCUUUGGCUGAAAAGCAUGGUCAUUAUGAAUCAUAUCCGGGUUCACCUGCUUCCCAGGGUCUUUUGCAGUUCGACCUUUGGGGUGCAAAGGUUGACAAUAAGCUUUGGGAUUGGGAUGAUCUUAAGGCAAGAAUGAAGAAGCAUGGUUUGAGAAACUCUCUAUUCUUGGCUCCUAUGCCAACUGCAUCUACCUCUCAGAUUUUGGGAAAUAAUGAGUCAUUCGAACCAUAUACUAGCAACAUCUACUACAGACGUGUAUUGAGUGGUGAAUUCUUUGUUGUAAAUCCACAUUUGCUCAACGACUUGGUAGAUCUUGGAUUGUGGAAUGAAACAAUGAAACAGAAGCUCAUUGCAUACAAUGGAUCUCUAAGGCAUAUUGAAGAGAUUCCACAGCAUAUCAAGGAACUGUACAAGACCGUUUGGGAAAUUAAGCAAAAGACCAUUAUAGACAUGGCUGCAGAUAGGGGAAUCUUUAUAGAUCAAUCUCAAUCUCUCAACAUUUACAUGGAACAACCAACAUUUAGCAAGUUGACAAGUAUGCAUUUUUACGGAUGGAAAAAGGGACUCAAGACAGGCGUGUACUACUUACGCACGCAACCUGCUACUGAUGCCAUCAAAUUCACAAUCGAUUCGAACAUUGCGCAAGCAGCAAAAGCAAAGAACAAACUAUCCACAGACAUGCAACCAUCUAUGCCUACCACAACAGAUGUUACAUCAGUGGCUACCGAUGAAGCCCCCGCAUUCCAGGUUUGUAACUUGCGCACAUCAAACAACCCAAAUGAGCCGUGCUUUAUGUGCUCAGGCUAA